GCGCAGCUUUACUUUAUCUUGUUGUUUUCCUUCUUGGCGGAGGUUUAUUUGCGUUCUGGGCAGGUCCAUCAGAAAAAAUGGACGAGAUGGACGAAGACCUCGAAAAAUUUGAUCCCAACAUACCUGAAGAGGGACCAUCAGCGCCCCCUCCUGGCUGGCUGGAGGACAUACAUGGAUACCAGGGCAAUAAUAAAGGAGGUCCGGAGGAUGAAGAGCCGUUGUACCCCCCGCCCCCUGCCUAUAACCCCCAACCUGAACUCAACAGGAGCACUUCAGUCCCCAACAUCAGAGUCCCGUCGGUGUCGGAGGACGUGGCCCGAGAAGCUCUGCUCAAGUUCGUGGAAUCCAAAUGGAAGUACAGCUCCAAACCGGCCAGAAACCUCACGUUCAAAACUCUCAAACCCAUCACCGUUUACAGGUAUAGACUGGAGACCUACACUGAGACCAGAACCAGCGCCUGGCAGUUUGAGCCCUACAACGGUAAACCAUCACAACAAACUAGAAUAUAUCUGCCGUUCAGUUCGAAACGUUGCACUUUUUGCCAUGGCCAUGGUCGGGCAAGAAACAAACGCUGCACUCGCUGUCACGGACGAGGUCGCAAGAGGUGUUUGAGUUGCCGUGGGGACGGCUACAAGACAUGCUCCGUUUGUCACGGGGCCCAGAACCUGCUGCACUUCAUCCAGCUCACAGUCACAUGGAAAAACAACGUCAGUAACUUCAUUCCAGACCGUCAGCCGGACUUUCCAGACAAGAAGUUUGAGAAGGUGUCUGGAGACCCGUUCUUUAUUGAUGAGAAUGUACUGGUUUAUCCAAUCGUAGGUUUCCCUGAUCAGGAGAUCUGUGACGUCUCAACAAAACUGAUAAACGAGCAUCUUUGUCGCUUCACUUCCACCAGUCGCAUCCUCCAACAGCGUCAGACCAUCGAGCUGGUGCCCCUCACUCACGCUCUUUACUGGUACAGUGGGAAGGACUAUGGCUUCUAUGUCUACGGAGUGGAAAACAAGGUUUUUACCUCCAAAUAUCCAACUUCCUGUAGUAUUUUAUAAGCUAACCGUGGCAGCAACAGACAUAUAUAUGUACUCAUAAUCACCAUUUACCAUCCACUAUAUAUGCAGCCUAUUUGUGAAAGGCAGUUAUGAAGUAAUUUUGGAAGAUCUAAACCUCAAAAAUGACCUUCGAUUCAGAUCAGAAUGAGACGAAUCAGGUUUGGAGCUUUGAAUGAAUAGGGUGAGAGCAGAACAAACACCAGAGACUGCAGACACAUGCUGCGCCUUAUUUAUAAAAUUAUGAAGAGAUUUUAAGGAUGUUGUUACCAAAGCUCUGCCUCAUGCCAAAGAACAAUUCAUUAGAAUGUGGUUAUGAUCCAUUUUAUGUAUUUGUAAAUCACAAACUUGCUGCUUGGUUAAGGUCUGUGCUCUCGUGCUUUUUCUAUUUCAUUGUAUUUCAGUUAGAAAAUAACUACACAGCACCACAUUUAUAGAGAGUCAUGUUUAUUUCAUUAUUUGUGAUAUGUAUAUUAUCAUGUAUGCAGAUGAUACUGCUUUGUUCACUCAUGGGAAAAGUGCUAUAGAAGUGGCCAUGAGAUGAACAGAGGAAAUGAAUAAGGUGCCUGAUUAGUAGCAGAACUCUUGUCUGAUAUUGAACACAGAAAAUAUUUUUUGCAAUGUUUUUUAAGAAACUGCUGAUAAAUUAUAAAUUGUCCAAAUUUUCAUAUGAAAGGAACAAAAAUUAUAACUCUGUGAAUUUACCAAAUUAGUCGUCACUCUACCCGGUGUUGACUUAAAAAGAAAAAAAAUGUUAAGAACCUAAGAAAAUCUAUAAAAUUACAUCUGGCAAAUUUCAGGUAUAUACAAGCCUCCCAUAUAUUACGGAAGAUGAUUAGGGCCACUGAAAAAAAAAAGUUUACUGAUUUUAAAAUUUUAUUUCAAUUUACAAUUGAAAAAAAGUCAGAAUUCUGACUUUUUUGUCAGAAUU